ACAUCUCAGCCAAAGAUGAAUGCAACUAUUCAUGCAAAUAAACUUUUAAGGUCAAACAUGACAUGACAAAUGCUCACCGUAAUCAAAGCUAAAAUAUUAUAGUGUGCAACUGUUUUAUUUUUUAGCCAAGCAGUGCAUGAAGCCAUUUUUCAUUGUAAGGAGGGCUGAAGAAAUAACAGCCUGACAAGUUUAUAAAUGAUCCCCUCCCCCAGUUUGUUCAAUUACAUCAUGGAUGAAGUAUCUGGCGGAGCGUCCCUGCUGAAACUGGGUGGAUGUUUGGAAAGUCGUGUGGAGAACAUGGAAGAAACUAAUCGAUUCACAAGCUUUGUUUAUAUUCCGCAUUUUUGACUUUGGCAGAAGGGGCAGCGAGAACUUUACUUUGAACUGCAACGCAAAUCUCAUUGAUUUUGCCCCAGUAGAAGAGGAAUCGGGCCUUCUGCUGUGUUUGCAGGCGCAGCUGCAUCAUGCAUCAGUUACCGCUGGCUGUUUGCCUGCUGCUGUCUCUGCUGACUGUAGACUCGUCCAAGAAGGGACGCAACUUGACUAUCCAUUCCUCACAGCUCAGCUGCAGUCUGCCAGGCCCUCAGGGACCCCCCGGGAGUCCAGGUUCAGCAGGUCCCAGUGGAGGAAUGGGCAAGAUGGGGAUGCCAGGUGUUGAUGGGCAGGAUGGAAAGGAUGGAGACGGGGGUGAAAAGGGAGAGAAAGGUGAACAGGGCCGCCCUGGGUAUCCCGGCAAACAUGGACCACUGGGACGGCCAGGACUUGUCGGAAAGGCAGGUGUGAGGGGUCCCAAAGGUGUGCGAGGGCCUCCCGGAGUGUCCGGAGCUGCUGGGGUCAAAGGAGAGCCGGGAGAUGUUGGAGAAACCGGUCCUCCUGGAGGCUGCGACUGCGGAGCUGAAGCACGAUCUGCUUUCUCGGUUGCCGUGACCAAGAGUUAUCCUAAAGAACGAACUCCCAUCCGCUUCAACAGGAUAUUAAUGAACGAGGGCGGACAUUACAACUCCACCAGUGGCAAGUUUAACUGCGUUAUUCCCGGUGUUUAUUACUUUACGUACGACAUCACAUUGGCGAAUAAACACCUGGCAAUUGGACUCGUCCACAACGGCCAGUAUAAAAUCCGAACAUUCGACGCAAACACCGGAAACUAUGAUGUGGCCUCGGGAUCUACGAUUCUCCGGCUGCAGAAAGGAGAUCAGGUGUGGCUUCAGAUCUUCUACUCAGAGCAAAAUGGGCUGUUUUUCGAUCCGUUCUGGACUGACAGCCUUUUCACAGGAUUUCUCAUUUUUGCUGAUCAGGCUGAACCACCGAAUGAGAAGAUGACGAAUAAUUCUGGAUCAUCAUGAUUUUGGGUUUAAAAUGAAACUCUGAAAGGAACAAGUUAUUUGUCGGAAAUAAACUCAUUUUACAACUCUCCAAGAGUUGAUAAUUA